AUGAGUCUAGCCGCCGUGCUCUCUCGAGCUUUUGAGACCGUCCGCUAUUCCACAUUCUCAGCAGCCCAUCGUAGUCUGCUCCGCAAUCCCCUCUGCUCCGCAAUCCCCUCUGCUCCGCAAUCCCCUCUGCUCCGCAAUCCCCUCUGCUCCGCAAUCCCCUUUGCUCCGCAAUCCCCUCUGCUCCGCAAUCCCCUCUGCUCCGCAAUCCCCUUUGCUCCGCAAUCCCCUUUGCUCCGCAAUCCCCUCUGCUCCGCAACCAUCUCUAGUACUCGAGUGGGGGAUCCUCAAACCGCAUCACCUGCGCGGGACUCGCCACCCAUAACAUCGCCCGCCAUAUCUUCUUUCCCUAGUACGCGCGUGGCCGCCAGCUGCACGGCACAAUGGCGGGCGGCGGGAGUGUUCAUGCCGUCAUUGCGCUGGUUGCGCUGCUCCUCAUCCUCGCCAUCGCCGCUGGAGCAGCCACUGGCACGGCACCCAAUACCCUGGGCACGCGGGGCGAGGAAGAUUGCCAAGCCGCUGAAGUCCGUGCGCUGCAUCAUUGCUCAAUCCAAACGCGCACCAACAAACCUUCCAGCUCAACCCAUACCCGCGCCAACAAACCCACUCACUGCCGGUGCGCCAGAGGACAUCUGCCAGGCGUGCCCCGCAGAAUGCAGGUGUGACGCAGCCUGGGAAGGCAGCGACUCGCCACCUGAAUCCAUUGAUUCACUGGGUGGCUCAUUGGAUUUCAUGGAGGAUGACUUUCCGGCUGAACCCUUGCCAGCAGACGAGGACAUCUGCCAGGCAUGCCCCGCGGAAUGCAGGUGCAAUGCGACCUCGGAACUCGACGACUCUCUUCUUGAGCCUGUUGAUACGACGGAUGAUGACCUUCCACCUGCACCCUCACCAACAGAUCCGGAUGUGUGUGGCAACAGCACCAGGAAUCCCUGCAAGUAUGGCUCCUGCAUCAGUGGUGGCCCCGGCUCCUACUCCUGUGUCUGCCCGCCCAAUCGCGUCCCGUCCAAAAGCAACGGAUACCCCACCUGUGAUUACGGGUCGUCUUCUCCAACGCUCAAGGUGCAAGGAGACAACUGGAGGUGCGAGGACGUCUAUCCUCUUUAUGGACUCACGCUAGACGAGUUCACUGCACAGAACAAUGCCGUGGACUGCUCGACUGCCCUCACCCGGGGUCAAACGCUCAACGUGACUGAGAGGGACGACUUGACCUCCUGCUCUGUCUUCUACUACAUUCAGAAGGGCGACACAUGUGAGUCAGUGGCCGCCUCCCUCGGCAUCUCCUCCCUAUCCCUCGAGAGCCUCAACCCCGGCGUUCACUGCUCCUCACCCCUGCCCCCGUCACGCUCCCUCUGCAUGGAGCGGGAAGAUGGGGCGGAUGACGGAAGUGGAGAGUACUGCAAUACAGUGUACUCGGUCAGCGGCACGAGCAGCUGUGCGCAGGUGGUGAACGACUUUGAGUUCUCUUCCUCGCUGGAGCUCUACCGGCUGAACCCAGGGCUCGUGUGCUACAGCUCACUAACUGCCAAUCGGGAGGCUCGGUGGCCCAAGAUAUGUACCGAGGCCCUGCCGGUUGGUCUUUAUGGUCAAUGCGACAUGGGAGUAUCAAAGAAGUUCAAAGCAGCAGCACCGUGCAGCGGCAUCAUCAACAGGUAUUUCAAACGAAACAAGAAGCUGUAUGAGAAGUACAACGACCCGUGUGCGGGGACUCUCGGUGGCAGCACUAGUGAACCCGUUGAGAUUUGUUUGCCCCCGUGA